CAGCCCGGCACUACGGGACGCAGAACACCGUUCUGACCCGACUCGCAGGCUCGCAGCAUUUCCUUCCCCACCCGCACCCGCACAUGGCCGCUUCAACCGUCGCCGCCGACACCGCCGCCCCGCUUCCUCCUCCAGCGGCGGAGCCAGCGGUCACAGCCGUACCAGAUCAAAAGUUAUCUCAUCCUCCCCCUCCUCAGCCCGAUGCGCCGGCGCAGGCGCCGGCACCAGCGCCGAAGAAACGGAAGCUGGAGGACGCGGGGUUCCACACCUCCGACUACUACAAGAUCCGGGCCGUCGUUGCGGACCUGCGCGUCCGCUUCGUCCAGGUUUAUGAAGCUCCUGAUUUCCGAAACAGCGAUGCUGCUCGUGAGAUUCUGAAAGAAAUAAAGGUAGUCAUGGAACUAUCCAAGAAAAUAAGGCUCAAACUUGGUGCUACUUCUGUGCCUGUGAAGCCAUCGAAGGACGAACCUGCUGGGCCAAUUCCAUCUGUAGAAAAUAAUCAAGCUCCUCAGGUAGGUCCUGCACUUCCUGUUAAUAUUGUAGGUGAUGAUGCACCAAUCAAGCACGAUAACUCAGAGAGCACAACAGUGAAGACGAAAGAGUAAACCCAACCCAGGGAGAUGGCAGAUAGCCCAAAGCUGCUCAAUGAAAUUGCAGAGGGCUCUCAUGUGGCUGGUGGAUCUCCUAUCAGCUCGAAUUUUCUUGCCUGUCCUGGAGGUAAAACCGUUUAUUAUGGGCUAACCAAAGAAGAGUGGCGGGCGUUAGAUUGUUGUGCUCACAUCCAUUCAUUAUGAGUAGUACUGCAUUGUUGAUUCGUCGGUGGAUGAUUCAGUUAUUAAACAGUUACUGUGUAACUGGAUCAUACAUCACAUUUGUGCUGUUGUAUGAACUAUAAGUCCGUCCGUUGUGGGGUCAAUGCUUGAGUAGAGAGCUAAUGAAUUGGGUACAAGUAA